CUUCUGUAGGCCGCAGGUUGUUAUUGGUUAGCACGUGUGCCUAGAAUUUUCAGUUUUUUCAAGUGUUUUAGUGACCUUUUGUGACUUAUUGUUGUGUUUGUGUGUUGUCCUUGUGUUCGUUACCAGUGUUGUACUGUUGUUUCGAUGUGACAGAUCUGAUGGCUAUGGAGGGUCGGCUCUCCUCGUUAAUAAUCGUGUUCCACUGUCGACCUUGGCACUUUCUGCUCUGGAUGGUGAUAUGAAUAUAGUCGCAGGUAGAGUAGAAGGUAUCACAGUUUUAUCUGUCUAUAUCUCCCACCCACAGCACAGGUUCUUAGCUACUAUUAGAGAUAUUCUGAACAACAUUGUAGGACCCGUGCUUGUCAUGGGUGAUUUUAACUGUCACCAUUUUAGAUGGGGUUCCAAUCGCUGUGAUUCCUUUGGGGAAGGUUUGGUAGAAAUCUUAGAUGACCUAGACCUUUGCAUCCUAAAUGAUGGUAGUCCUACUCGUAGAUCCCUUCCCGGACAGCAAAAGAGUUGCGUAGAUCUCACAUUCUGUUCCGUAGAGUUGGCGGCAUCAAUUCAUUGGCAAUGUACUACCCUUACGCAUGGUAGCGACCAUUACCCCAUUGUUAUAACUUUUCUUAAUAAAACUUAUUUAGAGAAAACUUCUCCUCCACUAUUGAAGUACAACUUGUCCAAACCCGAUUGGUCGAGGUUUGCAUCUUUACUGGAGGAGAAAAUUAGUAUGCUUCCAAAUUUAACUUCAAGUUUCCAAGAUUUUAAUGGUCACUGCCAUGCUAAGAACUGCUACGAUGGCUUUAUCUCGGCCAUAAUUUCAAGCGCAGACUCUAUCUUUCCGUUGCGCAACUGUGCCAGAAACAAGAUCCCAUCACCCCCAUGGUGGGAUCAAGAAUGCACAUCGGCUGUUAAAGAAAGGAAAGAGGCCGAAAAACAGUACAAUGAUGCGAUGAAUAGCGACAAUCUUAUACGGUACAGACGAGUGUUGGCUCAGUCUCGGCGGCUUCUUCACAAGAAGAAACGUCGAGGUUGGGUCAAGUUCUGCACUUCUCUGUCCCCUUCCACUCCCAUAUCAGCAGUAUGGAAGAGCAUUCAUCGUUUUAGGCGAGGCUGCUCCCCAUCUAUCUCUUCCCCCAUCACGCGAGAAACUGCUGAAUCCUUUUUCGACAAAAUUGCUCCAGCCUAUGUUCCUUCUUCCUCAGAACUUCUGCUCCCGCCUGUUAAUAUUUUGAAUGACCCCCUGGAUGAACCUUUUUCAUUGGAGGAACUUGAUGCGGUAUUACGUCAUGUUAGGGAUACCGCCCCUGGCAUGGACGGCAUACCGUAUUCAUUUGCAGUUCACUUCGGUUCUGAUGCUAAACAAUAUUUUUUAGGAAUUAUAAAUUAUUGUUACCAAUUUGGUUGGGUUCCUGACCAGUGGAAAAUUCAGAUAGUCAUUCCUCUUUUGAAGCCCGGCAAGACUGCUGAUGAUCCGAACGGCCUUAGACCAAUUGCGUUGUCCUCAGUUUUGGCCAAGUUACUUGAACAUUUAAUUAAAAACAGACUUGAGUGGUUGGUAGAGUCGAGGGAUUUACUGCCGAGUAAUCAGUUUGGCUUCAGAAAGGGGCUGAGUACCAUGGACAGUGUGGCAAUUCUGGUUACCGAUAUCCGUACAGCCUUUUCCAAAAAUGAAUCCGCUGUAGCCACAUUCCUUGACAUAUCUUCCGCAUACGACAGCGUCCUUCUUCCAGUUCUCAGGCAAAAAUUGCUACAGCUGAGGAUUCCGGGUAAGAUGGUACAAUGUAUAUGCGCACUCCUCAUGUCUCGCUUUUUGAUGCUCAGAGUGCAGGGAGAGGUAUUUGAGGUGAGACAGACGUGGAAGGGCCUUCCUCAAGGUUCAGUUUUAAGCCCUCUACUGUACAACCUGUACACAGCAGACAUCGGCUCCUGCCUCAAUUCUGACUGUCAACUUCUACAAUACGCCGACGAUCUAGUGUUGUAUGUAAUCAAUCCGUCAAUUGCGGACGCUGCCUCAUCUCUCUGUCUCUCCCUGGACUCUCUGCACACAUGGCUUUUGGACCAUGGCCUCCAAUUAUCUGCCCCAAAAAGCUCGGUAGUGAUUUUCUCCCGAAAGCUGCUGAUCCCUCAGGUUUCCGUUAACAUCCAAGGACAAGGCAUCCCCAUAGCGAAAAAAGCUAAAUUUUUAGGCGUUUACUUAGACUCCAAAUUAUCCGGCAUUCAUCACAUAAAUUAUUUAAUUAAGAGAUGCGAAAGAGCAAUUUCCAUUCUAAAAGCUCUCGCAGGUGUCUGGUGGGGGGCCCAUCCCUUCACCAUGAAAUUAGUCUAUAAUGCUUUAGUCCGCAGUAUCCUGGACUAUGGGUCACACCUGGUGAUUCCAGGUAACAAAGGUGCCUUGGCCGGUUUAGAUAGGAUCCAGUCUCAAUGCCUUCGAAUCAUCUCAGGUUGCAUGAAGUCGUCGCCUAUUAACGCCUUACAGGUCGAAUGCGCUGAACCCCCCCUAGCCCUAAGACGGCAGUAUCUCGCUUCCCGAUUCCUAUCCAGGGUUAUUCCCAAGUCAUCCCACCCUCUCAUCCCAAAACUCAGAGAGCUCGACACCCUAUGUCACAGUUCAAAAUAUUGGGAACAUAAAGAACUCCCCCUUUUCCUAAAAGCAUUCCGAUUUUUCCAAAAUUUAGAAUCCCCUAUUACAUCACAUCCCAGACUUCCCUUAUUUAAUUACUCAUAUGAAGUACUUUGCUUUACUCCUAAAAUAUUUUAUAACAUUGGCAUAUCUAAAAACUCCCCAUCGGCAAAUUCGGCCUUUAAUGCGGUUUUGGGUGAACGAUGGACUGGGUUUCAAAGGUUCUUCACGGAUGCUUCCAAAUUUAAUAGUGGUUAUACUGGGGCCGCGGUUUAUUAUCAGAACUCGAAAAUCAUUCUUAAAUUUAGAUGUCCAAAGGAGUCUUCUAUAUUUACAGGCGAGUGCGUGGCAUUAUUGGAAGCUUGUCGCUUUAUAGAGUCCCAUGAGAUCAACUUUGGAGUUAUCUUUACUGAUUCCCUUAGUUGUCUCCAAGCCCUAUCCCAGAAUUCCUUUCGAACUAAACUCCAUUGUCCUAUUGUCCUGGAAAUUAAAAAUUCCCUUUACUCCUGCGAUAGGCAAGAAAAAGUAGUCCACCUAGUUUGGAUUCCCAGUCACUGCGGUAUAAAGGGAAAUGAAUGUGCCGACGCCUUGGCCAAAGACGCAUGCACAUCUGAGUCAGCCGACCUUGCACACUUCUCCCUUCAAGGGCAUGACCUACUAAACCUCCCUAAAUUGAGUCUUGACACCUCGUGGCAGGAAUGGUGGAAUAUCUCCAGCAAAAAGAAAGGCAGCUCCUAUUACGCUAUCCAACCGGUUGUAAAACCAAAACCGUGGUUCUCCGUUUUAAAAAUACCCCAAACAGGUUAUUUCAGUCCUGUGCAGAAUACGGAUAGGUCAUUGUUGCACUCCGGUCUUUUUGCGCAAAAUUCGGGUGCAGGAUUCGUCCCUCUGCGAGUGCGGAUUAGAUGA